AUGGUGGAAAGAAACACACUCGACGGACAACAGGCAUGGCCGAACGCUCCUGGCGAGAAGGGCAUCGAGACCGUCGAGGCUGCGUAUGACGACCACAAAUCCGAGGCCGCGAGACCAAAAUCAAAAUGGCAGAGAUUAAUCGACGUUCUAACAUGGACGCCGCCAUGGUGUCGAUGGGAUCCAGAAAAGCCACCCAAAUUCUCAGUUUGGCAUAAUGUUCUGUUCGCCUUUGCAGGUGCCUUUACUGUGGGUAACCUGUACUACAACCAUCCAAUCUUGAACAUUCUGGCUCGAGACUUCAACGUGCGCUAUGUGACGGUGUCGCGGAUCCCGACACUGAUGCAAGCUGGCUAUGCCACUGGCUUGUUGUUCGUAUGUCCAUUAGGCGACUUGCUAAAGAGGAGACCCUUGACAUUGGUACUUAUUGCAUUCACAGCCACCAUGUGGAUCGGACUGUGCGUGACCCCUUCAUUCACAGCUUUCUGUGCAAUCUCCUACAUCUGUGCCGUUACGACGGUCAUUCCUCAAGUGAUGCUGCCGUUGGUGUCGGAAUUGGCACCUCCUAAUCGACGUGCUUUGGCCUUGAGCAUCACUACCUCUGGUAAUCUCCUUGGCAUCGUGAUUGCCCGCAUUCUCUCUGGCGUGGUCACACAAUUCACAUCGUGGCGAAACGUCUACUGGAUCGCCCUCGCAUUGCAAUACCUCAUCUUUGUUGCACUCUGGCUUUUUAUGCCCGACUAUCCCUCUUCGAACCCCCAGGGCUUGAACUAUUUCAAAAUGAUCGGCGGAAUCAUCUUCUUAUACAAAAAGCACGCUGUCCUCGUUCAAGCCGGAUUGAUCAGCUUCUGCAUCUCGGCCGCAUUCACAAAUUACUGGACUACCCUCACCUUCCUCCUGGCCGAUCCACCGUAUAACUACUCGCCAGUUGUCAUUGGAUUGUUCGCACUGAUUGGGAUUGCUGGUAUCGUGAUGGGCCCACUCUAUGCGAAAUACAUCAUUCAACCCUUCGCACCCAUGUUUUCUUGCUUAAUAGGCUGUGCAGCCAAUCUGAUUGGGGUUGUUCUCGGCACUUAUACGGGGAGGACUACGGUGGCAGGGCCCAUAAUCCAGGCUUUUACGCUAGACAUGGGUCUCCAAAUCACUCAGGUGGCAAAUCGCGCUGCUAUCCACGCGAUUGAGCCAAAUGGGAGGAAUCGGGUGAACACCGCCUUCAUGUUGUGUACGUUCACGGGUCAAUUGACAGGCACGUCGGCGGGCGCAAAAUUGUACGAGCGUGGUGGAUGGAUUGCGAGUGGAAGUCUCAGCGUGGGUCUGGUGGGAUUGACAUUUGUGUUCUGUGCUCUGAGGGGACCGUACGAGGAAGGUUGGAUAGGCUGGCAUGGAGGCUGGGAUAUGAGGAAGAAGAACUUGGCCGAGGCGACGAGCGAACCUGUGCCGAUUGCGAUGGAAGUGUCGAACACGGCUGAUGAAGAGAAGGGACGACGGUCAUGA